AUGUUCGCCGUGCUGUCCUUGAUAGUUCUGUCGUUGACCUGGCUGGAGCGCAAGGCUCUCGGCCGGCUGCAACUGCGCUACGGGCCGACGCGGACGGGACUGUUCGGGCUGAUGCAACCGAUCGCCGAUGCGGUGAAACUCAUCAUCAAAGAGGACAUCAUUCCCGACGAAUCGGAAAAAGCCGUCUUCUGGAUUGCCCCCGUGAUCGUCGUGGUGUCUGCGUUCGUCAUAUGGGUGACCAUUCCGGGCGGCGACAACGUGGUUAUCCGCAACCUGCCGUUGGGACUGUUUUACAUCAUCGCCUUCGCUGUGAUUGGUAUCCUCGGACUCGUCCUGGCCGGCUGGGGAUCAGCGAACAAAUACGGGAUCAUGGGUGGGCUGCGGUCGGCCGCCCAAUUGAUUUCUUACGAAAUCCCCGUGGUGCUGGUGGCCGCGGCGGUGGCCAUUUUGGCCCAAUCCCUUGACAUGCGGGAAAUCGUUGCCCAGCAAUCUUCGUACCCCUACCUGGUAGUGCUGCCCCUCGGUUUUGUGGUGUUCUUCAUCGCCGGUUUGGCCGAGGUGGGACGCACGCCCUUCGACAUCUACCACGCGGAGAGUGAGGUGGUCGGGGGCCCGUUCGUGGAAUACAGCGGCGCCCACUGGUCGGUGUUCUUCCUCGCCGAGUACAUCAACACCUUCGCCAUCGCCGCGCUGACGACGCUGCUGUUCCUGGGCGGCUGGGGCGGUCCGGCUCUGCCGGAUGUGGUGUGGUUCCUGUUCAAAACAUACGCCGUGGUUUUGGUGGUGUUCUGGGUGCGCGGAACCUUUCCGCGCCUACGGAUUGACCAGCUGAUGGCCUUCGCGUGGAAGGUGAUGGUGCCGCUGUCGUUCUACACGGUGAUCAUCGCCGCCGUGUACCGGUUCUAUGGGCUGCCCUGGUGGAGCCUGACAAUCCUUUCUUCGGCAGGCUUGGCGGUUGCCGGGUGGAUCAUCUACCGGCGCAUGGCCGGUCCGGCUCGCCGUGUGGCCGAGGUGCAGCGCCGGCUCUCCGACCGGCAGCGCUCCGCCGCCGGAGCACGCAGCUAG